CGUUUUCAAAUCUUAGCGUUACCGUUGUGGUGUGUUCUCACUUUCAAACAUUGGAUUAUGUGGUAAUGGUAUAUUUCUUAACUAGUUCAUUUUCAAAGGUGGAGAUGUGUCACAGUGUUCAGUCACAGAUAUAUUUUGGAGUUUCACAGUAAUGUCAGAUUUAUUAGACAUAAACCAUGGGUGCCUAAAUUCAGGCUUAUGCGUCAGAUGCAACCGUAUGAUUCACCAGUUGAUCUCAGAGAUGAUUACGCUAAUGAGAAUGAAAGCACAUCAGAUUUACGUAGAAGGUUACGUAGAAAUGGAAUGUUACCUCCCCUACUUUUUUAUGAUCGCUCAAUAAAUAUUGGACAUACAGGAACUAUAGUUGAUCCGUACAUCCCUCCUGAUGGUGAUGGUCAAAGUUCAUUGCUGUCAACAAAGAGACUGACUAUUUUAAAAGAUAAUCUUCUUAAUAAGGGAAAAAACUAUAAGGAUUCAUCACUGCUAAAAUCACAUGAACCAUCAUUUAAUUCCAAACAGUUUGCUAUUGAAGCUGAAAAUAUUUAUGUUGAAGCUCAUGAUUUGUUACAAAAUUAUCGUCAAAAUGAAUCCCGAUUAUUUGAACUAGUUACGGAAAAAGCACUAGUAGAUAUGACUGCUGACCUAAAACUUCGAACUCUGCAAUGGAAGUUUGUGGGUAAUAUUGAGCCACCUAGAGUUGUACAAAUACGCUGCAAGGAGCUUAUAUCUAAAGGCAAUUUUUAUGCUCAAGUUACAGUUCGUUUCUAUACACAACAGAUUUUAUCCAUUUAUAAUCGUUUUGGGCGCCUACUAUAUGGCAAUCCGGAUACUGCUGUCGAUGUGCUCGAUUAUGUUGUAUUUGAAAGACAUGUUUCCGAUGAAUAUGGUACAUGGAGAUUACACGGUAAAGUCUCUCAUCCAAACUCUACAGUAAACUACACCUAUAUACCUACUCAGCGGUUAUUCUCAGUGAAUUCAUCAACAACAUCGGAAGCAAACAAAUUGAUCGCAAAUAGUCGAAAUAAUAUUGAUGAUCCAAUAUCAGUAAACAGUUCGAAUAAAGAUAGUGUGAAUUAAUUUUUUAUAAAUUUUGUUUAUUAACAGAAAUUAAUUAGGUAAUAAUCUUUUGUAAAUGUUUCGUACUGAUACUGUAACCAUUUUUCACUUGGUUAUGGGAUUAUAAGACUAACAUCAGUCUACUGUUCAACCACCAAUAUAACAAAGCUAUGGGCUUAUUCGUUAUGAUGUUAAGUGCCACCCUACCUUCUAACGUUUGACAUCUUUCGUCACUUUCGAGUUCUAACCUAUUUGUUUUAAGCUAAUAUUACAGAAAAUAGGUGUUGAUAAUUUUAAGUAUUAUUAUAUUUCCUACUGGUAGUAGUGGUAGUAGUCACCAUUCUGUAUCACUGGUAUACUUUAUUUUCAAAUAAGAAGUAUAGCUCCCACUGGAAUUGUUUCAAUCCGCAUAAGUUUAUUUACAUUUCAGCAUUUUUGAGUUAAAAAGACCUCAAAUCUUUAAUUUUUUCUGCUAUUUAUAAAUGGCAUCUUAGAUGGAUUUGCUCAUAUUCUGGCAGUCAAAUUUUCAGUUAAAAUAAAAAAAAUGAGAACUCAAAAUAAUUAUAUAUAGUUAUUUAUCAGUAUGGGGGUUGUGGAGAUUGUUAAGUUUUUGGUUGAGAUCAUGA